AAAUCAUCGUCCGCUCUCUCCCUCCCUUUCAAGCCCCCAUUUUCGUCCCUCGUAGCAACUGCUCGUAUCGGUGUGACUGCGUCUCCUAAUUGGGCAUUUUCCACUGCCUCCUCGUUGCCUCUGUGGUUCGAGUUUCCACCCUCGGUGCCGUCCUUGUCACUACUUCCGGUAGCCGUCUGAGCCGCCGCGUCCGCUCUGUUAAGCUGCUGCUGGGCGGUCCGUUGGAGGCACGCCGCUGUCGCUCGGAAGCUGCGGCGCCCGCUCUGUACCGGUCCGUUGCGGCCACCUCUCCGUCCUCCGCCGUGCCCCCGGUCUAGCCUCCUGCCACGUUGGUUCGGCGCUUCUGCUAUCCUCCCGCGCCACUGCCCCCUUCCGCUUGCGGUGGUGCAUCCCGUCGUCGCAUCGUCAUCGCGAGGCGAUGACGUAGGGGAUGCUCCUUUCCCCUUCGCGCCGUCCUCGGCGGGAAGGGGAUGGUUCCCCAUCGCCGUUGGGCUCGUCCUCCGGCGAGUCAUCGGCGUUGUCGCCGACCUCGUCACUGCGCUGCGAGCUUCGCGCACUGGGGUUGCAGGUUGCUGCCCUGACGCGGGCGAUUUUUGCUACUGCAGCGCCCGUCGCCGCUGCAACCGGCGGCGGGUGUCCCCUCGCCGCUCCAGGGGUCCCCUCUGGCGGACGCGCGUAUGGCAUCGCCCACGGGUCGGUCGCCUCCCUCUCCAGGCGGUCCUCCGCCCCCGCUUCCUCCGCUACCCGUUUCGUCGCCUCCCCCUUCCCCGCCUGCUCCGUCGUUGCCUCCCCCUCCACCCCCACCCCCUCCGUCUCCGCCUGCACCUCCUCAGCCGCCGCUAGUGGCACCACCAGCUGCCGGCGCUUGUGGCGGGGCAGCGGGGCUUGGCCGACCUCUGGCCUCUCCGCCCUCUCCUGAGCGUCCCCCAAAGCGGCUCCGUCAUGGCGGCCCGGGUGGGUCACUUGUCCCGUCGCGCUUGCCUCCCCUGCACAGAAGAUGAAGGGUCCUUGGAGUGAUGCCCGUCCGUUUGUCAGCGGCGUCGCCGCGCCGUCCGGGCCUGGCGUGCGGUGCGUCGGAUCCGCCUCUGCAGCGUGGCUCGGAGUCGUCGCGUAGCGGGGGGUGUUCUUGCCUGCGGCCCGCUGUAGUGCCACAUUCUCCGGUGGAGGCGAUGGCCGGGGUCGUUGCUUGUAUUGGAGCUGUGGCGGAGGUGCUGAAUUGCCUCCGCCCCCCACCUUUGCAGCCCCCUCCGCGGAAACCAGAGGCUGGGCGUCAGUGGCGGCCCGCGAUGUCCCGCCGCCAGCAGCGGCGCGCCGUCGAUGAAUUGAAUCGGUCGCUCGUGGUGAAUCAGCGCCCGGCGAUCUUGGCCGCUUGCAUGGCUGUGCUUCGGGCACUGGAGAGUCGGGCUGGUGCCCUUGUCCCACCGUUGCCGCUGGAGCAGUAGGAGCGGGGUAGCCGGCCACCGAGUUAGGCCGUUCCCCGCCUUUAGGCGCUGCAUUGGGUGUUGUAGCCAUAGGUUCUAGGCUAGGAGCACCAAUCCUCUUUGUCAAGAAGAAGGAUGGCAGCAUGCGCAUGUGCAUCGACUACCGUGCGCUCAACAAAAUCACCAUCAAGAACCGCUAUCCCCUUCCUCGCGUUGAGGAGCUUUUCGACCAGUUGGGUGAGGCCAAAAUCUUUUCUAAGCUUGGUCUUCGCAGCGGCUAUCACCAAGUACGUGUCGCUGAUGAAGAUAUCGAGAAAAAUGCUUUUCGAACUCGGUAUGGGCACUUUGAAUUCCUUGUCCUUCCCUUUGGACUAACAAAUGCCCCUGCCACUUUCAUGUGUAUGAUGAAUGAUAUCUUCCGUGAUUUCUUAGACAGAUUUGUCAUUGUCUUCAUUGAUGACAUUUUGAUCUAUGGCAAAUCAUUGGAUGAGCAUGUUCAUCAUAUAAGACAGGCCUCCCUGUGAGGAACUGUUCUUGUAAAUUCUUAAGA